UGCUGCUGAUGUUCCCACGCGUAAAUGGGCCAUAAGGCGUUUAGGACUGGAUUUUCCAUCGAAGGGUGAAACUUGCAAGUAACAUGACGAUAAUCUCCACAGAUCGUUAUGAACAAUUUGUUCAUCACCACGCUGAGUCUACUGGUCCUCGCAGUAGCUUCCACAAGUGCUCUGUCCUGGAGAGAGAAGCUGAAAAUGCCAAUUCUGAGCAUAUUUCACCAGAACGACAUACACUCGCACUACGAUCGAGUCCUCUCCUCGGGCGACCCCUGCGCGCCAUCUUACAACGGCACCUGCUACGGUGGCUUCGCUGCGGCCGUGGAUUACGUCAAGAAGAGCAAGGCAAAGGCGGGCCUGCUCAACGUCAAUCCGGGUGACUUCUUCCAGGGCCACAUCUUCUACACGCUCUUCGGCUGGAGAAUGGCGGCAGACAUCGUCUCUCAGAUGCCGUACGAUGCACUGGGCCUCGGUAUCCAGGAACUGUUCAGCGGUCUCGACAGCCUUCUCUUCUUCAUGCGACGCAUCGGACCCAAGUUCGUCUGCACCAACGCCGACUUCAGUCAGCUGAACCGGAGUGUGCAGGACGAGUUGAACACGCUGUGCCCGAGGUCGCGCGUCAUCAAUGUUUCAGUCAUGCACAGUGAGCAGCCACUGCCAGUGGGCAUACUGAGCUACACGGAACCAAACAUGGUCGUGGAUGCCAGCUCUUAUGGUUUGACGUUCACUAACCCAGCUAAGGCGAUCAAAACCGAAGCUACAAGGUUGAGUACGCGGAUGGUGAGUGCGUUGGUCGUGCUCAGCUGCGCGGGCCUAAAGCGCGACCUGGAAAUGGCUCGGAAAGUGCCACUGGUGGACGUCGUGAUAGGAGGGCGCUCACACGCGCUACUCUGGCCCGGGGUUUGGCAGCCCUUCAUACCCGACACGCCUGAUGAUCCCACAGACCACGCGAGCGGCGUCUAUCCCCAGGUGGUGAAGCGCGUCGACCUUAAAAGGAACGUCUCGUCGACCGCGCUCGUGGUACAAGCCUAUAAGCAUGGCAAGUACAUGGGCGGGAUCGACAUCGCCUUCGACGACGACGGGAAAGUGCGUGAAUGGUGGCCAACUAUCACACUGCUGGGACCCGAUUUGCAGGAAGACAGCGGCGUCGUUAAGGUGCUGGAUGAAUACAAUCGCCGGCUGGACGUCAAGCGAAGUCAGGUGGUUGGUCAAACCCUUGUCACUUUGGAAGGCAGUCGGGAAGCCUGCCGGCGUAAGGAGUGUAACUUCGGUAACAUGUUUGCUGACGCGGUCCUCUGGGCUAGCCAGCGUCAAGAGUUCAAACUCACGAAGCCUGUCAGCAUAGCUCUUAUUAACAGCGGUUCCAUGCGGCGUACAAUGCCGCCAACGAACAUCACACUCCACAUGCUACUGCAGGCGCUACCGUACGAAAACACCAUCACCAUCGUCAACAUUACUGGUAGGACCCUCCUUGAAGUACUGGAGACUAGUGUUUCAGGCAUUGAGGAGACCCACGGCGGCUUUCUUCAGGUUUCUGGCGUGCGGGCUACCUACAACAUCGCGCGACCAAUCGGGUCCCGUCUGCUGUCGGUGGAAGUGCUCUGCAGCUACUGCAGCGUCCUGCGCUUCGCGCCUGUGCAGCAAGACAAAUUCUAUGAGGUGGCAGUCACAUCCUUCAUGGCUGACGGUGGUGAUCAUUACACCAUGAUCCGUGACAGCCGGAUGUCACAACGCUCCAAGAACAUGUUGGAUGUGGAUAUCAUACUUGAGUACUUCAAAAAUUUCUCGAAAGUGUACCCGCGCGUAGAAGAGCGCAGCUUCUGA